AUGCUGUUAUAUGGGACAGAAUGUUGGCCCAUAAAGAAGGUUUUCGAACAGAGGAUGGAAGUAACAGAGAUGCGUAUGCCGAGGUGGAUGUGUGGUAAUACUAUGAUGGAUAGGAUACGAAACCAGGAGUUCAGGGAGAAGCUAGGGGUUGCACCUCUCUCCGCAAAGAUGCGAGAGAACAGGUUGAGACGGUUUGGGCAUGUGCAGAGACCGACACAUGACACCCCAGUAAGAAGGAUCAAAUGUACCAUAGUGGAGGGCAAGAGAAGUAGAGGAAGACCUAGGAGAAUGUGGGAGGAACAAAUUAAAAGUGAUAUGCAUGAACUUCACCUCUCCAAGGACCUGACCAGUGAUAGGGCCAGUUUCUCUCUCUUUGAAGACUUUUCUCGAGCCGAAGGACUCUUUGACCACACUCUCCUCUAUGGGUAUGAGCUGUCGUCGUUCUUCCCUCCCUAG